AUGACGACUGCUACCAAAGAUGCCAACUUUCCCCUAGCCGGUAUUGCUACGGACGGAUGGUCCAACGAAGACGAAGCGACAGCAACAUGUCUCUGUGGUACCGUGCAGCUCGCUUUCCCAACUCACGGCCCGGGUCUCGUCAGCCGCUUCGUCUGCCACUGCUCAGACUGCCGCAAAAUUAGUUCCUCGAUGUUCUGUUCCAACUUCUCUGUCCGAGACAGCCACUUGCGAUAUCUCAGAGGGAAGGCAAACCUCAAAUCGUUCACUCAGUCUGCUACCAUCGCUUCGGGCAACGACAUGUCGAAUUACUUCUGUGGAACCUGCGGUACUCUCUUGUACCGCGUCAGUUCCGGGUAUCCCGGGCUAAGUAUUCUUCGGCUCGGCACCAUUGACGACUUCCAUCUUGUUGAGGAGAAGAUGAGACCCCAGCUUGAGCAGUUUAUCGAAACACGUGUCGGCUGGCUGCAGCCAGUGGACGGCAUGGCUCAAGUGAAGGGAAUGAUGUCGAAGAAGGACAUCAAGGACAUUCGAUCUUCUGGGACUCAGGGUACACCUGGUCUAUCGCACAGUCACAUACGCAAUAAAUUGUAA